GCACGCACUUUCAGGCGUCGACGCGGGAAGACGCGCGACAUGAGAAGCUGGUCCGUGCACAGCAAACGCUUGUCCGACAUGGCAUGUGAAGAUGAUGCCUCUUCUACCGUAUGUUGCUCUUCCCUCUCUCUCGACACCUCACAAAAUGCGAUAACCCAUCCUCAUAGAUGUCGGAAUACUGGAAGUCCACACCAUCCUACUGGUGCAAAUUCUGCAGCCAAUAUGUGCGCGACACGGCGCUCGAGCGCAAGAACCACGAAGCCAGCCUCCGGCAUCAGAAUAACAUCCAGCGCUCGAUUCGGGAUCUUUCGAAGAACAAGGAUCGCGAGGAGCGGGAACAGCAACGGGCCAAAGCAGAAGUUGCUCGGCUAAACGGAUUGGUUGGAGGAAGCGGCACGAAACCGACAACAUCACCCGCGCCGAAGAUCUUGGGAGUGAAGGAUAUUGGAGGUUCCAAGACGAAUGCCUCAACUACAUAUACGGCGCAGGACAGAAAACGACACGCAGAACAGCUCGCUGCCUUGGGCGUGAAACUGCCAGAGGAGCUGGAGCGUGAAGUGAAGGGGGUCGGAAGCUGGCAAACCGUUUCCGAGAGAGUCAUCGAGCAGGACCAGAGCCCGGACAGGAGUCCAGCCGAUAUUGUGAAGGAGGAGCAAGAUGACAAAAGUGACAUCAAAAUCGCGAUACCGCUGAACAAAGGCGUGCACAAGCGUAAGGCGGAAGAGGAGGAAGAGGCAGAGCAAGCGGCAAGGAAGAAGGCUUGGGGCAGCAGAUUGAAGACGUAUCCAGGCGCAGCUACACAGGGCGAUGAUGGAGACCUUGAUGCUCUACUGGGCGGCAUCGCGAAAGUCAGGCCGGGCGUGGAAGAGGUCAAGAAGGAGGAAGACGGCGAGGUGAAGACAGAGGAUGCGGACGACCAGGCAUUAUCAGCUAUACCAGACGUAGAUGCGCCGACUGCAGCUGUCAAGAGUGAGGAUGUUGGGCCGGAUCCCCCAGUCGUCUUCAAGAAGCGGAAGGUGAAGAGGUGAAGCACACCCCGUGUGGAUGCGCCGCAAUACCAGACGCAUUGCAUUUUUGACGAUACCUAUGAAACUAUGAAA